UACUUUCCGUCACUCUUCGUUACUUUCCGUCACUCUUCGUUCCCUGCGCUUCCUCCUCCUGCUCCGCUCUGCUGGCGCUCCUCUGUACGGCGCAUGCGCACUGCGGCGGCCUGCUGUCGGAAGUUUGGCGGAGUUGCAGUGAUUUAGCUUUGGACGGCUAACAGCUAGCAUCGCAGCGACGCUCCGACCGGACCAAACUUUGAUUUAGGGACUGAAAAAGUGCGCUUGGACGCCGAGCGGGGGGCGGCGGAGAUCCCGGGGCGGCUGUGGAUGGUCGCGGACCGGUUUGUGGCCGCGGAUUGGUUCGGGGAGCAGCUUUCGAGCUCUUUGGAAGAAGUUGUGAUUGUUUUUUUUUGGCGCUCUGAAAGAUGGAGGAUCUGUAGCAGCGGGCUAACUCUGCUAGCUGCCCUGCUCUCCGGUCCUCUGGAUCCCGGACCUGAAGCCCAGCCACACUUCGGCCGUGUGGAGGAGCGGACCGCUUGAACGCCGUCUCUCGACCCGCCGACGGAGGCCCGAGUGACUGAAGCAUGAGCGGCCCUCAGGCUCUGAGGAUGGAAGCAGAGCUGGAGGCAGGAUCUCGACGUCAGAUGGUGCUGUGAAGAAGCCAUGGGUAGCUGCCUAAGCUGUCCAGAGAAAGAGUCGAUUCCAGAUAAUCAUCAGAGUAAAUUCAAGGUGAUCAAUGUGGACGACGAUGGGAACGAGCUGGGCUCGGGCGUGAUGGAGCUGACCGACGCCGAGCUGGUGCUCCACACUCAUCGCCGUGACGACGUCAGGUGGCCGUACCUGUGCCUGCGGCGCUAUGGCUACGACUCCAACCUGUUCUCCUUCGAGAGCGGCCGGCGCUGUCAGACCGGACAAGGGAUCUUUGCCUUCAAGUGCUGCCGGGCGGAGGAGAUCUUCAACAUGCUGCAGGAGGUGAUGCACAGCCACAGCAUCAGCGUGGUGGAGGAGGCGGUGCUGGAGCCCGGCCAGCAGGGGGCGCUCACCCCCGCCGCCCUGGGCUACUCGGUGCCCUCGGUGCCCAACGGCGUGAGCAGGGUUCCCUCGGCGGGCGACGCCCCGUCCCACCCCUCCACCCGCCACCCGUCGGUGGCCUCCACCCGCCUGCCGUCGGUGGGCGAGGAGUCCACACACCCCCUGCUGGUGGCCGAGGACACGGUGCACACCUACGUGAACACGUCGGGCCUCCUGGAGGAGCAGCCCAGUCCUCUGACGGUCACCACUCCUCUGGAGAGUCCCACGUCUCCCCCGUGUCCUCCGACCCCUCCCCCCCCGCGGGACCGGCCCGAGGCGGCGGCGGCGGCGGCGGCGCCGGAGCCCCAGGUGCUGCUGGAGCCGCAGAGCGUGCGCUUCGUGCUCGGCCCCACGCCGGUUCAGCGUCAGCUGAUGGAGAAGGAGCGGCGGCAGAAGGAGCAGAAGGAGGGGGAGGAGCCCCGAGAGACCAACGGCCACCCGGAGGCGGCGCCGGCGGCGGAGGCGGAGCCCGAGCCGCCGCACUCCAACGGCUCGUCGUCCGCGCCUCGCCGCCACCGCCCGCCGCCGCUCACCCCCGACCUGCAGAAUGUCAACAACUCGGCGCAGCGGCGCACCGCCCUGCUGGACUACGAGAACCUGCCGGCGCUGCCGCCGGUGUGGGAGACCCGCAAGCCGAGCUCGGAGGAGGAGGAGGGCGGCGGCGGCGGCGGCGGCCUCAAGACGCCGGCGCUCAACGGCUUCGGCCACCACCCGCUGCUGCACUCCUACUCCCACCCGCUGUCCGCCGCCCUCGAGUCCUCGCACAACUACGUGAACACGGAGAACGUGACGGCGCCGCUGAGCGCCCACCGGGCCGACACGGCGCGGCGCCGCGCCGACGGCCCCACCGUCUUCAACUUCGACUUCCGCCGGCCGGCGCCGCCGGGCCACCCGGAGCCGCCCAAGACUCUCAACUACAUCGAGGUGGAGAUGGACGGCGGCGCCGGCGCCAAGGGCGCCUCGGACGGCAGCGGCCCUCACACGCCUCGCACCCCCACCUCGCCGCUGCCGCCCACCACGCCCACCCGCCGCACCGAGCUCUACGCCCUCAUCGACAUCGAGCGCACCGCCGCCAUGUCCAGCCUGCAGAAGGCGCGGCCGCGGGACGACGGCACGUCGCGCAAAACCAGACACAACAGCACCGAGCUGCCCACCAAGAGCACGGCGUGACUCCGCCUCCACGGACUCUGACCAAUCGCAGCGCCGAGGCUCGCCCGCCGCCAUGUUUAUAGACUGCAUUCCAUAUCUAGUACACGUCAGUAUUACUGAGAGAGCAUUCCAUUUAGCUGUAACUCCACCUUCUACCUGUGCAGAGAGCCUCACAAUAAAGCUCCUUGAUUUGUA